GGGGGAGCCGCUGGCACUAGCGGGGGGGAGGCAGGCCUGACGCUGCGGUGAGAGGGCUUGGGGGGCUCCGAGCAAUGAGCCUGGCUUGGCUGGGUGCAGUGUGGCACAGAGCCCCGGGGCCCCAGGUGCCGUUCGGCCCAUCGGGUGAUUUGGAGCCCAUGCAGCUCCCCAGGAAUUCAGCUCUGGUCUCCCCCAAGUCCUGUCCCAACACCCCACUGCCCCCAGACCUCCCCACUGAGCCUGGAGACCUGCUCCCCUUCCUUCCGCUGGCGCCCCUGAGGCUCCUGUCCCCUCCCCUCCCUGCUCCGCCCCAACCCCUCCUCUCCUGCCCCACUCAGGACAGUUUAAUUUUUUUUUAAAUUUUGAAAUAAAUCUGGUGACCAAAACACCAAAUCAGCCCUGGAGAGCUGUAGUCAGGGGCCAUCCCAGGGCCCCCCUUGUGCCUCAGGGUGGGCCUGCAGGUUUCUGACCUCAGUUUCCCUCCGAGUCCCCAAAAUAAUUCACAGUCACCAGUGUCUUCUAAAUAAUCUUCCCCCUCUUGGGGUCUAAUCUACUCAGCUCUAUCAGCUCCCCUUUCGCUUCAGGGCUUCCCAGCCCUUCUGGGGAGCUGGGUGCCCCCAGUCCUGGCCCACUGGCCAGGAGACUCUCCCUCAGCUUGGUGGGUGCACAGCCCUCCUUCCUGGGGCUGGUCCAGGCCGGGCUCUCCUCUCCGCAGCUCUCUCCUUGACUGGGCUGAAGUUACCUGACCACCUUGACCCGGCCCAGGGGGGUCUAAUCACCCCAAAACCGGCCGGGGGAGCCUUGCCCCACCCCCUUUCCAAGGCUCCUGAGCCCCCAAAGGAACAAUGGCCUGGGUUUUCCCUAUACCUCCUCACCAGACACCAACUGGCCCAUCUUCCUCUCCUCUGUGUCUGCUUUCGGUUAUUCCAGACACCUGGAACAGGGUAACUGGCCCCUCACGUGAUCUUAACGAGCCACUGCCUUGUUAUAGAACCCAGAAAACUCCUUGCUUGCUGGCAGUUCGGAUUCUUUGGGCCAGGACUCCCAGCUUACAGCCCAGGAGCUAGUCCUUCCAUCGGCCAUGGCUCCUGCAGCACGGAUCAACUCCCUGUUCAUCCCAAUCGCUGAGGCGAACGCACAGCCCGAGCCCACAGCCUCUGCUCCGAUUUAGGCCUGUGGAUUGGUAUAGGCACGGGAACGCGCCUUAGCAGCGUUCAAUGUUUUACACUUGGGAGCUACAGUUUAGAAUCCACAGGUGUUACUCCAGCUCCGACGUAAAGGAAAAUCCUACCGAUAGGAGGAAAUCAAAUGGUUGAAAUAAUUACUAUGGCGUGAGACUCAGGACCCUACGCUCCUUCCUGCAUAGAGCAUCAGACCAGCAGAGACCGGCUAGUCUGACACCGCCUGGAUAACCUGGCCAGCGACUCAUGAAACUGCAGCACAAACCUGAAACAAUUAGAAAACCAAACGCCUUGUAGAUGUUUGCAAACAUCAAGCAUCCCCUAGACAACUGGGAAGUCUCAUCUUACCUGGGUCGUACGUUCCAGUCAAUGAGAGACAGUCCGAGUCCAGGCUGUGGGUUGUGGCUAGCAGGGUCUGAUGUGCUGUACUUCGAUGGGGACGAUGCCAUCUCCUACCGCUUCCGCGGGAAAACUGUCCGCACUUCCCAGGACGUCUUCGCCUUCAGCUUCAAGACGAUGGAGCGGGAGGGGCUGCUGAUGCACGGCGAGGGCUCCCAGGGGGACUACAUCACCGUGGAGCUGAAACAGGCCCAGCUGGUGCUGCACAUCAGCUUAGGCAGCAGCCCGCUGCACUCGAGUCAGGGACACACGACGGUGACGGUGGGCAGCCUCCUUGACGACCAGCACUGGCACUCGCUGCGCAUUGACCGCCACGGUCACCAUGUCAACCUGAGCCUGGACGGGGAGGUGAAACGCUUCCGCUGCAACGGGGACUUCCAGCAGCUGGACCUGGACACCGAGCUGUUCUUCGGCGGUGUGAUCAGUCAAAAGAAUCGGAGCCUGGUCUAUCGACAGAACUUCCGGGGAUGCAUGGAGAACAUCUUCUUCAACAGGGUCAACAUCGCCGACCUGGCCCGCAGGAGAGCGUCCAACAUCCGCUUUGAGGGCCACGUCAGCCACUACUGCCAGGACCAGCCCUACACGCCCAUCACCUUCGCUGGCAUCAACAACUACCUGCAGGUGCCAGGCAUCCCGCGCCGGAACCGCCUCUCCGUCAGCUUCAAGUUCCGCUCCUGGGACGCGGUGGGGCUGCUGCUCUACACCAGCUUCGCCGAGCACCUGGGCUCCCUGGAGAUGGUGCUGAGCAAUGGCCAGGUCAACGUCUCCAUUGCCCAGCCCGGCCGCAAGAAGCUGGAGUUCGCUGCAGGGUACCGGCUGAACGACGGCUUCUGGCACAUGGUGGAGCUGGUGGCGCGGGAUGGCUCAGCUGUGAUCACCAUCGACGACAACGACGGGGCCGAGUUCCGGGUGGCCCACCCCUUCCAGCUGCGCACCGGGACCCAGUAUUUCUUUGGAGGCUGCCCCAAACCCGCCGCCGUCACCGGCUGCCUGUCGAACCAAACGGCCUUCCACGGCUGCCUGCAGAGCAUCAGUGUCGACGCCCAGCCCGUGGAGCUGGACCUGCUGAGGCAGGAGCGGCUGGGGAAAUACUCCAACGUGUUCUUCAACAUGUGCAGCAUCACCGACCGGUGCACCCCCAAUCUGUGCGAGCACGGCGGCCGCUGCCUGCAGUCCUGGGAUGACUUCACCUGCGUCUGCGACCUGACGGGAUACAAGGGAGAGACCUGCCACAAAUCCCUUUACAAAGAGUCGUGUGACGCGUAUUGGCUCAGUGGGAAAACGUCUGGGAACUUCACCAUCGACCCUGACGGCAGUGGGCCCCUCAAACCCUUCACCGUCUACUGCGACAUCCGAGAGGAUCGGGCCUGGACCGUCGUGCGGCACAACCGGCACUACGCCACGCGGGUGAGGGGCUCCAGCGUGGACCGGCCCUUCCUGGGCGCUGUGGAGUACUGGAACGCCUCGUGGGCAGAGGUGGCGGCCCUGGCCAAUGGCUCCGAGUCCUGCGAGCAGCACCUGGAAUUCUCCUGCUACAGCUCCCGCCUGCUCAACACCCCCUACGGGCCGCCCGUCAGCUUCUGGAUGGGCCGCCACAACCAGCGCCAUUACUACUGGGGGGGCUCCCCGCCGGGCGUCCAGCGCUGCGCCUGCGGCCUGGACAAGAACUGCGUCGACCCCAAGUACUUCUGCAAUUGUGACGCCGACCAUGCCCAGUGGAGGACGGACAAGGGGCUGCUGAACUUUGUGGACCACCUGCCCGUCACCCAGGUCGUGGUGGGAGACACCAACCGCUCCCACUCCGAGGCCCAGUUCCUGCUGGGGCCGCUGCGCUGCUACGGAGACCGGAACACCUGGAACACCGUCUCCUUCAACAGAGGCGCCUCCCUCGUGUUCCCCACCUUCCUGGCCAACCACAGCCUGGACAUUUCCUUCUACUUCCGAACCACCGCCCUCUCCGGGGUCUUCCUGGAGAACUGGGGCUGCAGGAACUACAUCCGCAUCGAGCUCAACACCACCAGAGACGUGGUGUUCGCGUACGACAUUGGGAACGGGGACGAGAACCUGACGGUGAGAUCCCCCGUCCCCUUCAGCGAUGACGAGUGGCACCAGGUGAAGGCCGAGAUCAACGUGAAGCUGGCGCGGCUGCGGGUGGACAAGCUGCCCUGGGUGGUGCGGCUGGCCCCACCCCAGAGCUACGUCCGGCUGGAGUUCGACAGGCCCCUCUACGUGGGCUCGGCCGAGCACCGGCUGCGCCCCUUCCUGGGCUGCCUGCGGGGGCUGCGCAUGAACGGGCAGACGCUGAACCUGGAGGGCCAGGCCAACGAGACGGAGGGCGUGCGGGUGAACUGCACUGGCUACUGCCAGCACCCGCGGGUGCCCUGCCAGAACAGCGGGCUCUGUGUGGAGCGCUACAGCCACUACACCUGCAACUGCAGCCUCUCCGCCUUCGACGGGCCCUUCUGCAACCGCGACAUCGGCGCCUACUUUGAGCCGGGCACCUGGGUUCGCUACAACAUCCUGCCGGCCGAGCUCUCAGCCGCCCGCGCGUUCGCCAGCAUCCUGAGCCAGCCGCUGCCGGGCUACAACCUGACCAGCGAGGAGCUCAGCUUCAGCUUCCGCACCGGCACCGCGCCCGCCGUCCUGCUCUACGUCAGCUCCUUCCGCCGGGACUACGUGGCCGUGCUCAUCCGGGAGGACGGGAGCCUCCAGCUGCGCUACCAGCUGGGCACCAGCCCCUACGUCUUCCCGCUGACCACUGCGCCCGUGACGGACGGGAGGCCCCAUCGCAUCAACAUCACCCGCGUCAACCGUACACUCUACACCCAGGUGGAUUAUUUCCCCGUCAUGGAACAGCAGUUCUCCUUGUUCGUGGACAGGAAGCUGGACUCGCCCAAGAACCUGUACCUGGGGCGCGUGAUGGAGACAGGCAUGAUUGACCCCGAGAUCCAGAAGUACAACACGCCUGGCUUCUCGGGCUGCCUGUCAGGGGUGAAGUUCAACAGCAUCCUGCCCCUCAAAGCCAUCUUCCGCCCCAGCGGGGGGCCGGCGCCCUACAGCAUCAAGGGGGAGCUGGUGGAGUCCAGCUGCGCUUCCAUGCCCCGCAGCAUCAUGGACAUCCCCCCCGACAUGGACCCCUGGUACCUGGGCACAGAGUUCCCCCACGUGCACGACGACGGCUGGAUCGGGAUCAUCACUGGCUUAGUUGUGACCUUCUUGCUGCUGCUCCUGGCCGGGCUGCUGCUGCUGCUGUAUCUCCACCACCACCGCUACAAGGGCUCGUACCUCACCAACGAGCCCAAGGCCGUCCAGGACUACCACGGCCCCGCGAAGCCCCUGGUCCCACACAAGGACCAGAACCUGCCCCAGAUCCUGGAGGAGGCGAAAGGCGAAUAGCCGCCGGCUGCAGGGGAAGGAAGGGGUUAAUGCCUCAAACGCUGGCACCUCCUGCGCGGUGCUGGGAGGGGAAGGAGCGCUGCCGGACCAAAGGGGCCCAGCAACCCAGAACUGCCAGAACCCAGCUCCCGGCUGGGGCCUCUGCUCCUUCCCCCCCUCCACUGCGGCUCCCCUGCCCACGGGCAGAGCCCACGUCUUCCUCCUGGAAUUACGCUGAGCCGGGCGCUGGCGCAGUCACAACCCCCUGCCCUGCGCACCGAGCGGAAGGUAGGGGCCACGCAGAACCCCCUGCCCCAGUCCCCCUGGAACCAGCUGGUGCAAUCGCUCCUGCCCCCAUGGACAGGAUGUCACACGAGACGGGCCUACCCGGAGACGCCAUCUCAGCCCAAGCCUGGGGAGUGGGGCACGUUUGGGGGCUGCCAACCCACCUCCCCUAUAAACCCCGCAGCGGCCCCUUGGAGGAGACAUGGGCCUUCCGUGGGGCCGGUUAGCAGCGCUAGCAGCUAGAUUUCCUGCUUGUUUGCUCGCUUAGCAAAAGCCAUGAAGUGACCCAUGCACUAGAGAGCACUGGAACACGGCCCGGAGCGUGCUCUGCGCCCCGGCCGCCACCUGCCAUGGCACUCGCUCGUGCACGCCCCCUGCCCCCGCACUCUGCUGCUCUCAUACAACCAGGGAAAGAUCUUUGGAGUCUUUCUACCAUUUUUGUUGCUGACCGGUUGAUUACACACACACACACACACACACGUUUUUUUAUUCUCUCCGUUUGUAUAAAAAACAAGAAGAAACCAGAGCGGCUGCUCCGGGUGAGUGCGGCCUGGGGCACAGGCCGUAGGGUGCUACCUCUCUGCAAGAGGGGGAGCCCUGCUGAGACCAGCCGGCCCCGGGACCGCUCCUGUUCACGUGCUGCAGCGGGACAGACACGCAUUGAGUGACCCAAAGGCCCGGCUUUGCUGGGUGUUUUAUUUUACAGCUGUUUUGUUGACUGACACAUGAGGAUGUGCAAAUAAAGGCAGAAUGACAGAGUU